AGAAGAAAGGCUCUGGGAGGCUAACUGGUGUCAUGUCAGAGCAGUGAUAGUAAUGCUAACUUGGCAGCAGUGGUUAGUGAGUUGUCCAAAAGUGUUUGGAGACAGAAGGGGGUGAUUGCACAACCGGAACCAUCGCUAGGUCGUCGGAUUAGAGGGUUGGGAAACUUGUGAAACGUAACAGAUAUCGAUUCUUUGAUAUCUGACUACAGCUGGUUAGCUAGCGUUAGCUGGCUAGCUGGGACAUCACGAAAAGUAACGUCAGGGCUUGUUCAUACAGUCAUGUCUGCGGCCGGAGACUUCGGAAACCCUUUAAGAAAAUUUAAACUGGUCUUUCUGGGGGAGCAGAGUGUGGGAAAGACAUCGCUGAUCACCAGGUUCAUGUAUGACAGCUUUGACAACACUUAUCAAGCUACAAUAGGAAUAGAUUUCCUGUCAAAAACCAUGUAUCUUGAAGACAGAACAAUCAGGUUGCAGUUGUGGGACACGGCAGGACAGGAGCGUUUUCGAAGCCUCAUCCCAAGUUAUAUCCGAGACUCUGCUGCUGCUGUUGUAGUGUACGACAUCACGAAUGUCAACUCCUUCCAGCAAACAACAAAAUGGAUUGACGACGUUAGAACAGAGAGAGGAAGUGAUGUCAUCAUUAUGUUGGUUGGAAACAAGACAGACCUUGCAGACAAAAGACAGAUAACCACAGAGGAGGGAGAACAGAGAGCGAAAGAGAUGAAUGUUCUGUUUAUUGAAACAAGUGCAAAGACAGGCUACAAUGUCAAACAGCUUUUCCGUCGCGUGGCAGCUGCCCUCCCUGGCAUGGACACCACACAGGACAAGAGCAGAGAGGACAUGAUAGACAUAAAGCUGGAGAAGCCGCCUGAACAACCUGUCAGUGAAGGAGGCUGUUCCUGCUAAUGCCAGCCAACGCCGCUGCUCAUUAUUUGGCUUGUUGGCAUUUUCUCAAACCCAGCUGUCAUUUUUCUGUAUAUGUAUCCCCCAUACCUGCCUCUCUUCCCCACUCUGAACCAGAACACUACAUCCGUUAUCCUCUCCAUUGUGGAACCCUGCUUUCUCAAUGCUCUGAGUCAUGAGUCACUUAAAUUGAGUAUUUGCACUGUAACGCACACUGAAGCAGUGAUCACAGGUGGUGCUCAGCCUGGUGGAAAAAAUAAAUGUGGGAUUUUGCGAGCAAAAAAAUAUGUUUAGGGCACCUAAUCAGGGAAAGUUGCAUAUCGCUUUAAGCUUAAUGAGCACAAUGUUGAUGUUCUGUGCAUUUGUCAGCUAACAAUUUGUGCCGUUGCAAUGAAUUGGCAAGAUUCCACUCAUGAUUUGUGUUCACCAAAUGGUCCUGUUUUGUUUUGUUUCUUUUAACUUUGUGGAAUAAUAUGUGGAAAUGGCUGCAGAGCCGUGUUGGUGGGAGUCCGCACAUGCAGAGUUCUGCGUUUACACUAAAACGUGUGCACAUGAUGCAGCCUAAGGUGGAAAGUUUGAGCUAAUUUUAAAUGGAUUUUUCUCCUUGAGGUGCCUGUACCAGCAGAGAUACAAUUCUCCCACCAACAAAUGACAAGUUAACACACUAAAACCUCUGCACGGUCAUAGAAACCAGCACAAACAGAUGACACUGACCACAAGGGCAGCACUGUCACUACAGUUAUCCACGCUACCGUCCCUCCUCUUCCCACUCGUCUUUUGACAGGGGCGAUGGGUAUUUUUACCUUGGCUUCCAUUUUCUAUUACCUUUUUAUUUUCAUAGAUCUUUCAUUUAUUUUCUAAAGAUUACAAUUAUCAUAGAUUUAAAAAUAUUUCUUCGAUAGUUUUUGAGGAGGAUAUUCUCGUAUAAGAUGAGUCAUAAUCAUAAAACCCACCGUAAACAUUAGAAAUGAAGAGUUGCCUUUCAGAGUUUAAUUGUAGAUGACUUCCUUGGUUUUGGGUUUGUCUAGUUAAGUUUGGUAUGAUGUUUUACAAAAACACUUUAAAGACCUUUUUUUUUUUGCUUGUUUUUACUUUUGGCAUUGAUCUGUUGUUAGUGAUUAUUCUUCAUGUGUAUUUAAUCCACAAUGACUUGCAAUAUUUAUUUCUACUGGAUUCAUUUCUUUUUUUUUAUGGCUGUUAAUAUCUUUGCUCUUUUGUGGAUUCCUAAAUCAUUAAUAAAAUAUGCAUCCAUUUGGACCACCUUUAACAGAGUCAGUAGAGAGCUUCUGCUGUGCCCUGUUUCACCUCUAAAUGGCUAUUUGAUCAUACUGAUAAUACAGUGCAAUUUUUGUUGUGUGUGAACAUUUGGAGAAGAAUUUGUAUUGCAUAGUAGUCCUUAACGUUUCUGUCUGGAAUGAUUUUAAAUGAAAGAAUAAAAAUACAUUUGUCACUGCUGCU